AUGGCUGAAUCCGAUAUUUUCAAUGAGACGUUUCCCUUAGAGCACUACCUCGAGGUGAUGGUGCGGCUUCUCGACGCAGUGCGGUACCGAGACGUGAAUCACACGCAGACCGAGCGGCGGGACAUACUGCACCAUGUGUACACAAAAACUGCGGAACAUUUCUCCUCGCCCUUGCUCCAGAGGAUGAUCCAGGCAGAGCCCAGAGUGCUCCACGCCGCCAUCAACUCCAUCGUGCCCAUGGUCGUCUACUGUUGGGCCAAGGUGACGAUCGAGCAGAUGGUUGACUUGAGUAUCCAGUUCACGUUAACUUUGCUGCUCGACGACAGUGCCGACGAACGCGGCGCUGGCAUGGAGUCAUUUUUCAUGGACCUGGUAGACAACCGUCCGCAGAGGAACGCAUGGUGGCGCCUGUUCAACAACCAAUUCCCCGUCUUGCUCAAGCACUACGGUCCCUUCUGCUCUCUGACUCUUUUCCGGAGCGCCCUAGACUGCAAGUUUACCACCCUCCUCCGUUAUCAUCCACGCUGUCUUUUCCUUGGUAAACUGACCUUCCUGCGGCGGCUGACCGGGCUGGGCCAAUUUGUCGGCGCGUCGCUGUUUCCCGGAACGCAGGAGCGGGAGCAGGAGCUCAUGGUGCACAUCACGUCGGUCAUGCCGCACCUGGAUCAUUGGGAGAUCUUUGUGAACGACGUCAUGUCUUUCUUCAAGGAGUUUGAUUGCGUGGACGACCAAGCCAUCCUGGUGCGCAAUUACAUGCGCUGCGGGCCUGAGGCGUCGAUUGAGGAAGCGCUUGACCGCGUCGGGGGUGAUGCCAUCUCCCGGUCUGAGAUCCUGUGCAGGGUCUUCCGCGACAACAAGGACAUGGAACCCCAUGUCGCCGCCACUGUUGAGGCCUUCUGCCAGGGCUACAUCACUUGGCACCUAACCAACCCGCGCUACCGCCUCCGGGAGCUUGGGCGGCGGGCCGGCGACAGCGCGACCGCCCGGAGAUUCCGCGAGUACCUAGACGCGGGAGCCCAGGCUGGCAUUGAUGCCGAGUACUGGGCAUAUCCCUCCGUUGCGGCGAUGGCCGAGGCGCAGCUCAGGAAUGAAGCCUUCUCCGGACAGGAUGUCUCCCCGGAGGCGGCGAUACCAAGCAUUGAUAAUAAAGGCCCGGAGCUGCAGCCUGCUUUUAUUGUCUGA